AUGAUUGUGUUCGAUGAUCAUGAUACUAUUGGCUCUGUUUUAAUAAGAAAUAGAGAUUUGAUGACAAUGUUUACUGCUUGGAUGAUGGCUAAUCGAACAUAUGUUGAAGGACGAACACUAACAUAUGUUGAGUUUCCAAGUAAAUUCGUUUAUGAUUUACAAUCUCGACAGUGGAAACCAAGAAGAAGGGGAUUUUCUAUAGGAAGAUUAAGUUUUGUUCAUCCUUCAACUGGUGAGCUGUUCUAUAUGCGUAUGCUUCUCAAUGUGCAAAGAGGAUGCACCAGUUUUCGAAGUAUAAGGACUGUCAAUUCUGUUUUAUAUAAUACAUUUCAAGAGGCAUGUUCUGCCAUGGGUUUUUUAAUAGAUGAUAAUGAGUUUGUCUUGGCCAUUAAUGAAGCGGCUGAGUUAUCUUCUGGCGCCCAAUUGAGAAAACUUUUUAUUUCAUUGUUAAUAUCUGGUUCUGUCUCUAGGCCCGUUUUAGUUUGGAAUCAAACUUGGAAAUAUUUAUCUGAUGAUAUCAUUUACUACAGGCGAAGUGAGCUUCAUUUUCCAGGAAUAACAAUGACUGACGAAGAGUUACAAACAUUUUGUCUAAUAGAGAUAGAGAAAUUGCUACAGGCCAAUGGAAAAUCAUUAAGAGAUUUUGCUGGUAUGCCGCUUCCUAAUGUUAAUUUGGUCUCACAAUUUAGUAAUUCUUUGGUGUUGCGUGAAUUAGAAUAUGACAUUUCUGUGAUGCUUGAAGAACACGAUUCAAAUUUUCCAAAGUUGAAUGAAGAACAGAAGUCAAUCUAUGAUAGGAUUAUACAUUGUGUUACUAACAAGGAACACGGGUUGUUUUUCAUUUGUGGGUUUGGUGGGACUGGAAAAACUUUUUUGUAUAGACUCUUAUCUGCCAAAUUGCGUUCUCAAAGAAGAAUUGUUAUUAAUGUUGCUUCAAGUGGAAUUGCUUCAUUAUUGUUACCUGGUGGUAAGACAGCUCAUUCUAUGUUUGGUAUCCCAAUUGAAUUGAAUGAAGAUACUAUUUGUAGAAUUCCGAAAGAUAGUCCUAAGGCUGAUUUAAUUCGACUUGCUGAGCUAAUUAUUUGGGAUGAAGCUCCAAUGACUAACAAGUUGGCAUUUGAAGCUUUAGACAGAAAUUUUCGAGACAUAAUGACGUCGAUUUCAGUGUCUAACAAAGAUCUACCUUUUGGAGGAAAAAUCAUUGUUCUUGGAGGUGAUUUUCGACAGGUUUUGCCUGUUAUUCCUAAAGCUUCUCGUGCUGAGAUUGUUAUGGCAUCAAUCAAUUCUUCAAUUCUUUGGAAGCACUUUGAAGUGUUGACGUUGACAAAAAAUAUGCGGUUAGAAAGUGCUACAAAUCAAUCAAAUCUGGAAGAAUUGAAAAGGUUUUCCGAUUGGAUUCUUCAGAUUGGAGAAGGGCGUAUUGGGACAAUAAUUAACGAAAAGCUUUUAGUUCAAAUUCCAAAUGAGUUUCUGAUUUUUCCUUCUGAUAAUCCAAUUGAUGAUAUUAUAAAUGCAAUUUAUCCUGACAUAGUUAGAAACUUUGAUGAUACUGGUUUUUUCCAAGACAGAGCCAUAUUAGCUCCAACAGUAGAGAUUGUUGAAGAAAUCAAUGAUCACAUUGUUCAAUUGCUACCUGGGACAGAAAAAGAGUAUCUAAGUGCUGAUUCUAUAUGUGGUAGUGAUGCUUAUUGUGACGUUGAUGUUGAUUGGAUAAAUACUGAGUUUUUGAAUCAAAUAAAAUGUUCAGGGUUACCGAAUCACUCAUUGAAAUUGAAGAAAGGUGUGCCUAUUAUUUUGUUGAGAAAUAUUGAUCCAGCUGGUGGCUUAUGCAAUGGUACUCGCCUUAUUGUUAGAGAUCUAGGAACAAAUGUGAUUGGAGCUGAGAUUGUCUCAGGGAGUCACAUUGGAGAUAAAGUUUUCAUUCCUCGGAUGAAUUUAAUUCCGAGUGACGCUGGGAUACCUUUCAAAUUUCAACGGAGACAAUUUCCUAUAAACUUGUGUUUUGCAAUGACUAUCAAUAAGAGUCAAGGUCAAACUCUAUCCAGUGUUGGACUGUUCUUGCGUCGACCGGUAUUUUCUCAUGGUCAACUCUAUGUCGCUAUUUCUCGAGUGAAGAGCAAAGAUGGUUUAAGAAUUUUGGUAUCUGGCGAGGAAAAUGAUGAUUCUACUUUAACUCUUAAUGUCUUCAGUCCCCGAAGCAAAGAACAGUAUUCCCUCCAAUUUAGCAUCAUCCGUGGUAACGACAGCUGGCAGGAUCUGUACUCUGAGACUCCUACGAAGAAAUCUGACUUUGGAGAUCACUGGAAGCUUGGAAUCGAGGAUGGUGCGAAGCCUCAGGUGUACAAUGAAAAGCAUGAGAAGCUGUUAUCUGCUGUGGCUGGGGUGGAAGACGGUCGCGGUGGUUCAUAG